AUGAUCUUCAACGUCUUCCUUACCGGCCUCCUCGCAGCCACUGCUGCCGCCCUUCCCCAGCCCCACCGGGCUCGUUCCGAGGGCUCCGUCGUCGAGGCCCGUGGCUCUGACGGUGGUAUCAAGAUCGUCAACAACAUGGGCAGCGAUGUCUACCUGUGGACCACUACGUCCGAAAGCGGCAGCAUGAAGACGCUCAGCUCUGGUGGUGGUCACUACUCCGAGGACUGGACCACCAACUCCAACGGCGGUGGUAUCUCCAUCAAGAUGUCCACCAGUCAAGACAAGGACAGCGUUUUGCAGUUCGAAUACACUCAACACGACGACACCCUUUACUGGGAUAUGUCCUCCAUUGAUCUCGACUCCUCCUCCGAGUUCAUCAAGUCUGGCUUCACUGCGGAGCCUAGUGAUUCGAGCUGCCGAUCCUCUACCUGUGCCGCUGGCGACGCAGACUGCUCGGAGGCUUACCAGAAGCCUGAUGACGUGAACACCUACUCUUGCUCUCUGAGCUCCGGUUUCACGCUGACUUUGGGUUAA